CUAACUAAGCAUUUACAUUUACAGGUAUUCUUCAUUUUUUAUAGCCAUUUCUUCCAUAAUUUUGAAUUAGCUUUUCUUCAUAGAUCUUUGACCAUAUCUGAGUAUUUCCACCAUGCACGUAUCAGAAAUACACCGCAAGGAAGGUAAUUCUUUUUACUUGCAAGCUCGUCGUGAUGGCAUUGCUCCAAUUCUUAGACAAGCUAAGUUGGAGAAAGCUUGUAUGUUCUAUAACAAGGCCAUUCAAACGGCAAGUACUUCAGAUCAGAAAUCCUCCGCUUACAAAAAUCUUGGCCGAGCAUCAUGGGAGAUCACCUGCAAUAUUGAAGCAAAUGAAAAGGCCUUCAAUGAACUGUCAUUCUACUACAAAGAAGCAAUUACCAGCUUCUAUAAUGCUGAGCAGUUUGGAGCAACCUGCAAAAGUGCCUUGUGGCUUACAGAUGUCAAAUCUUCUCGAAGCCAAUGCUUGAACUCCAGUUUUCAGAAGUACAUUGAGCUCCCAUUCUCAAUGCACAUGGGAGGUCUUGAAAAGUUGUGCAACAUUUUAGAUGAGCCUGGGCAUCAGGCUGAAUGCUUCACCCACAUUGGUCAAACACUCUUCAAUGCUGCUGUUAAAGCUUUGGAGAAGAAAGAUUACAAGACAAGUCUAAGCCACCUCAAAGAAUGUUAUCGUCCCAUUGAAGAGAUGAGACGACUGGGGGAAAAUGAUCCCCUUGUGGUGAGCGAGGCUGAGGUGCUCAGUGGUGACGUCCUCCUGCAUACUGCCAGUGCUGAGUCUAUGCAGGCUGUUGCAAUGGGGGAUAGCUUGCUGCAGAAGGCAGUGAUGGACAGCGAGGAGCUGAAGAUGUCCUUGAUCAUGGAGGUGCUGGACUGGUAUGUGGAGGCUGUCAUCUCUGCUAGAGAUGUUGAGAUUGAACAUGAAGCCAUAGCAUCAAGCCGCAUAGGCAAAGUCUACGAUCAGAUUCUGAAGAUGCCAUGCAAAGCCAAGAAAUACUUCAUCCACAGCUUGCAGCUGGCACACUCGGCAGCGCCUAAAAGUUUUGUCAAUGAGGACUGGUUCAUUUUGGCCCGUGACAGCGUGGCGAGGUUCCAGGAAGAGUCCCUGGUAGAGCAGCAGCGGCGCGAGGAAGAGCUGCGGCAGAAGUACCUCAAGGACCUACAAGGUGACCUGUCGAAGCUUCACGCUUUCCGAGACAAGCUCUCCGGAGGCUCGCAGUAUCUCCUGCUGCUGAAGAUCUACCAGACUUUCCCUCCUAAGAACAAGGACCACAAACUGUCGGCCACUAAAGCUCAGCUCAAGAGCAUGGACAGGCCGGAUCUUAAGAAGUUGUUCCUGAAGGCGUGCAUCCACUACCACCCUGACAAGCAGGACGUCGAGAAGCAUGGCUUGCCUUGGAAGUAUUUCUCUGCCGAGAUCACCAAAGUCUUGACUAACGUCUAUGAGACAUUCAAAGGUUGAUGAUGACGAAUGAUUUUAGUGACGCAAAUCUCGACAGGAACAGUAAGGCCUACAAUCUAUUCUUUUAUUCUAUUUUUUUCCGAUAAUAAUCAUGUUUCUAAUCUUUUUUGAUAAUAAUCUUGUGACUUUCUCGUCAUAAACGAUGACCACAAAUACAGGAUCUUUUUGAGAUAUCGUCUCAACACACACUGCAGCAAAUACCGAUGAAUUUUGUUAAUAUUCCUAUUUCACUUGCUUAUUAUAGCCUCGUAAGCGAGCUUGUACUGAUAUGCAUUCCUUUCUUUCUGGAGACCUGACGUGCCUUUCACUUACAAUGUACCUGUUCUAUUAGUGCUAAUUAUUUACAAUGUUGUAUGCACUAUUUGAGAUUAAUUCAAUACAUAUAUUCUUUGUGAUUCCAUGAGAAUAUUUGCUCAGAUGUUGCGGGUGAUUAACGUGCCAAGAGUGGAAGCUUAGAAUUUGUUUUUAUAAUUUUAGCAUCGCUGCAUAUCGUUGAUUGUUUCUUUUGGAAAAAACGAAACUUGGCUGAAGUUGUUUAGAUCAAUUAUACUCUCAUAUUUUGUCUUAGAAUAACUGUGUUUGAGCGAUGUAACUCCGAUGAAAUAACUUCUCUUGUAAUUCUUUUGUUUCGGUUAAAUGAUGGUUGGGCCGAGACAUCACAGUUUGCGUCACUCCUGGAAUUUGCGUUCAGUUUUAUGUUCAUCACUUUUUUUCUAGUCACAGUGCACGUGGAAAAGCAUAUUGCCCUGAAUUAUUGCAUCAUUGAGAAUUGCUUGGACUGUCGUGUAGUCUAAUAAUUUUAU